UUUUCAGUGAGAAUAAUGACCUGAACUGAAGGUAUAAAACUACUGUACUGAGGAGGUCUUAUAAUCUAAGAUUAAAUCUAUUUAUUGAAACAUAUUGUUCAGAUCCCGUGUGACGUAACUGGAGCCAAGACAGUGCUGUGAAGAAGUGUGAGAUUUAGCCUGGAUAUUAACUUGUCUUCUGGAGAAUAGAUUUAGUAUUCCAUUCUCCUGCAAUGGUUAAUUCAUGCAGAAAACUAAUAUUUAAUAUUUACAUAGGAUUUUACUGCUCAGCAAUCAUCCUGUCCACAAUAUGCAUUUGUUCUCAGUUCUCAAUACCAUCUACUGAUCAGUUCAGUAAGGACCCUGGGGCUUUCCCAGUAGCCACCAAUGGGCAACCAUUUCCUUGGCGUGAGCUAAGGCUCCCCAGUGUGGUCACUCCCCUCCACUAUGACCUUUUUGUCCAUCCAAAUCUCACCUCCCUGGACUUUGUUGCAUCUGAGAAGAUUGAAAUCUUGGUCAGAGAUGCCACCCAAUUCAUCAUCUUGCACAGCAAAGAUCUUGAAAUCAUAAAUGCUACCCUUCAGUCAGAGGAAGAUUUGAGAUACAGGAAACCAGGAAUAAUGCUGACUGUUUUGAGUUAUCCUGCUCAUGAACAAAUUGCACUGCUGGUUCCAGAGAAACUUACGGCUGAUCUGAGAUACUAUGUGGCUAUUGACUUCCAGGCCAAGUUAGCUGAUGGUUUUGAAGGGUUUUAUAAAAGCACGUACAGAACUCUUGAUGGUGAAACAAGAAUAAUCGCAGUAACUGAUUUUGAGCCAACUCAGGCACGAAUGGCUUUCCCGUGCUUUGAUGAACCACUGUUCAAAGCCAGCUUUUCGAUCAAGAUAAGAAGAGAGAACAGACACAUUGCACUAUCCAACAUGCCAAAGGUUAAGACAACUGAACUUGAAGGAGGCCUCUUGGAAGAUCAUUUUGAAACUACUGUAAAAAUGAGUACCUACCUUGUAGCCUACAUAGUUUGUGAUUUCAACUCUGUGAGUGGCACAUCCUCAUCAGGGGUCAAGGUGUCCAUCUAUGCGUCUCCAGACAAACGGAAUCAAACACAUUAUGCUUUGGAAGCAUCAUUGAAGCUACUUGAUUUUUAUGAAAAUUACUUUGAUAUCAACUAUCCACUCCCAAAACUAGAUCUAGUUGCUAUUCCUGACUUUGAAUCUGGAGCCAUGGAAAAUUGGGGCCUCAUCACAUAUAAAGAGACGUCACUGCUGUUUGAUCCCAAGACCUCUUCCAUUUCCGAUAAACUAUGGGUCACCAAAGUCAUAGCCCAUGAACUAGCACACCAGUGGUUUGGCAACCUGGUUACAAUGGAAUGGUGGAAUGAUAUUUGGCUCAAUGAGGGUUUUGCAACAUACAUGGAACUUAUCUCUGUUAAUGCUACGUAUCCAGAGCUACAAUUUGAUGACUAUUUUUUGGACGUGUGUUUUGAAGUAAUUAAAAGAGAUUCGUUAAAUUCAUCCCGUCCUAUCUCCAAUCAAGCAGAAACUCCUACUCAAAUACAGGAAAUGUUCGAUGCCGUUUCCUAUAACAAGGGAGCUUGUACUUUGAAUAUGCUCAAAGAUUUUCUGAGUGAGGAGAAAUUCCAGAAAGGAAUUAUUCACUACUUAAAGAAGUUCAGCUAUAGAAAUGCUAAGAAUGAUGAUUUGUGGAGCAGUCUGUCAAAUAGUUGUUUAGAAGGUGAUUUUACAUCUGGUGGAUUUUGUUAUUCUGAUUCCAAGGCAACAAGCAACACACUCGCCUUUCUGGAGGAAAACGCGGAGGUCAAAGAGAUGAUGACUACCUGGACUCUGCAGAAAGGCAUCCCCCUUGUGGUGGUUCAACAAGAAGGGCGUUCACUCAGACUGCGACAGGAGCGCUUCCUGAGCGGGGUUUUCGAAGAGGAGCCUGAGUGGAGGGCCCUGCAGGAAAGGUACCUUUGGCAUAUCCCACUGACCUACUCCACGAGUUCCUCUGAUGCAAUACACAGACACAUUCUAAAAUCAAAGACAGAUACUCUGGAUUUACCUGAAAAGACCAGUUGGGUGAAAUUCAAUGUGGACUCGAAUGGCUACUACAUGGUUCAUUAUGAGGGGCAUGGAUGGGACCAACUCAUCACACAGCUGAAUCGGAACCACACACUUCUCAGACCUAAGGACAGAACAGGUCUGAUUCAUGAUGCGUUUCAGCUAGUAAGUGCAGGAAGGUUGACCCUAGACAAAGCCCUUGACCUGACUCGCUAUCUCCAACAUGAAGCAAACAUUCCUGCACUUCUCAAAGGUCUGGGAUAUUUAGAAUUGUUUUACCACAUGAUGGACAGAAGGAAUAUUUCAGAUGUCACUGAAAACCUCAAGGAUUACAUUCUCCGAUAUUUUAAGCCAGUAAUUGACACCCAGAGCUGGAACGACGAGGGCUCUGUCUGGGACAGGACGCUUCGCUCGGAUCUCUUGAAGCUGGCCUGUUACCUGAACCACGCUUCUUGCAUCAGGAAGGCAACUGAACUCUUCUCUCAGUGGAUGGAAUCCGGUGGAAAAUUAAAUAUCCCAACAGACGUUUUGAAGAUUGUGUAUUCAGUGGGUGCUCAGACAACAGCAGGAUGGAACUACCUUUUAGAGCGAUAUGAACUGUCAGUGUCAGGUGCUGAAAAAAACAAAAUUCUGUAUGCAUUGUCAACCAGCAAACAUCAGGAAAAGUUAAUGAAAUUAAUUGAACUAGGAAUGGAAGGAAAGGUUAUCAAGACACAGGACUUGGCAGUUCUUCUUUAUGCGAUUGCCAGAAAUCCAGAGGGGCAGCGAUUAGCCUGGAAUUUUGUAAGAGAAAAUUGGACCCAUCUCCUUAAAAAAUUUGGCUUGGGCUCAUUUCCCAUGAGACUGAUCAUCUCUGGCACAACGUCUCACUUUUCUUCCAGGGAUGAGUUGCAAGAGGUGAAACUUUUCUUUGAUUUUCUUAAGGCCCAAGGAUCACAUCUGGAUGUUUUUCAAAUUGUUGUGGAAAACAUAUCCAAAAAUAUAAAGUGGCUGGAGAAAAAUCUUCCCACUUUGAGGACUUGGCUACUGGCUAGUAUUUAAAUGAUUAAUAGAAAGAGAUGUGGGCUAUGUCUGCAUGAAGUCUGCAAAGCUCAAGUCAGAGUUCUAGAUAUUUCGUCUAACCAGUAAGAAGCCUCAAGAAAUCGGCCUGCCCAGCUGCCUGCUCUCAGCUAUCUCUAGCUGACAGAUGUCUGAUGCUGGGGGAGGGGGAAGGGCAGUUCAAUAGCCUAUUUAAAAGUAAACUUCCUCUAAAUAGUGGAGAUAUAGAUAUAUAGAUAUAUAGAUAUAUAGAUAUAGCUGUAAUAGUUUAGCUGCAGCACAGACUAUCUACAUUGCCUCACAUUAUGCCACUAUCUUGCUUCUUUGAUGCUUUUUUAACCUUGCUUAGUAUCCUGGAGUUUGCCCAACCAGUUUUACCUCCGAGGAAAAAUAGCCAAACCAUAAAAAAAUCUAUCUUUCCUUUGCAUCCUUCCGUCUCCUCACUCUCCCCCUUCAACUCAGCCUGAAUAGUUUAUUUAAUUUCUACCAUUUAUGGAAAAUAUGAUACAAAUUAUGAAGCAUAAGUAUUAGGAAAACAAAGGCUUUGUCACCAAACCUCAGAUUCUUAGAAACUAGAUGUCCGAGUUUGUCAAGGAAGCCAGGAGGGCCUCUUGGCUUGACCCUCACAUUCAUAAAGAGCUUCAAGGAAAGCCUUUUGAGGUCAUCUCCAAAUGAAGUAAAAUCUGCAGUCACAGAGGUACAGGAGAGACAGGUCAUACCACACCACUUCAAUUCACACACUAUUGCAUUUCUAAUAAAUCUUUUGAAAGUUGCAGAAUUAGAUCGUAUUGGGUAUAUUUUGGGUUAAAUCACGGUUUAAUGUAAAUAUUUAAAUGCAUCAUCAUAUUUUGUAACCCAGUUUUAGCAUUUCUUCAUACUUUAAGGGAAGCUUUUGAUCUCUGAAGUGCUUUUCUAGAUGCUUCUUUCAAUUGUGCGAAUAAGGUAUUUGGAAUAAAUAAAGACGACACCACUCUAAAUACGGGUAGUAAAUUUUAAAAAUUCAUGAUCCCACAUAUGAAUCAGUAUAAAAGUACAAAUAAGUUCCGGGAAGAUUGGAAUCAAUCCACAGAUAACUGACAUAUCUGGAUUAUUAAGGGAAGCCGGGGAUGUCUGGUUACCCCACCCAUUUUGGAGUGAUGUCGUGAAGGUUUAUAGAGCUUUCUCUGGUGCCAUUGUCAGGGACAGGAUACCCUUAGGAUGGAACAGGGGCAUGACCCAAUACACAUUUUGUUAAGUUUGUUUUCAGAUCUUUUCUUGGAAUCCUUGAAGCAUCUUUGACUCUAGAUUUGACCUGGUCAUGAUCCUACCAAGGUCUGUAUAACACCUACGUGAUAUCCCUCUAGAAUUAUUUGUAC